AUGCGGAGGUUACUUAUCCUGAUACCGUUUACUUGUUGUGCACCAUGCAUUCCGUUAUCAGGCGAUGGCAACUCGACGAACUAUGGAACAUCGGCAGGCUAUGAAAUCGCAUCAGACAUGCUCAGAAACUCCAUAAACUUCUCGGUUGAUCCUUGCGUAGAUUUUUUCGAGUUUGCAUGCGGCAACUGGUUAGCGAACCAUCCGAUUUCUAAACACGAGAGAAGUUAUUCACUAAUUAAAUACCUCUCUGAUAAAGUGGAGAAAGAAAUGCGAGGAAUAUUUGAGUCAAAGGAAAUAUUUGGUUCAAAGGCGAUGAACGCUCUGAAAGCCGUGUACACCAAAUGCAUGAACAAGGAGGAGUUGAACGCCAUUGGCUCAAGACAACUGCUGAAAAGGAUCAAGAACUAUGGUGUGUGGCCGAUAUUGGAUGGGGAUCACAAAUGGCGCGUGGAGGAUUUUGAUCUGACUUCUCUUCUGGCCCACGUCGCAGAAAGGGUGGAUGUGUUCACGAAGAACUAUGUGGAUUUCGAUUGCUGGAAUGUCUCGCGUAAGCUCAUCAAGAUUGACCAAGGUGACCUUGGUCUAGGAUAUUCCACGCGCGAUUACUACUUGGACAGGAAAAAUUAUGACGACAAGAUCACUGCGUACAGGCAGCUCCUCAUCAACAUGGUAACACUUCUCCUCAAAGACUCUAACCAACACAACAACGUGACAAAAAUAGCCCAUGAUGUUGACGAAAUUAUUGACCUCGAGACAAAACUGGCAAAAAUUCUUGUUCCGGAUGAGGACCGAAGAAAUCAUAGCGAGAAAUGUAAUCUUCGUCGACUGAACGACUUGGAAGAAUUGAUGCCCACGGUGAACUGGACAAGAUACUUCCAUUCUAUCGCGCCUCCCGUUGUCCACGACUAUCUCGCUUCAAAUCCAGAAAUUAUCAUCACGGAAGUUGAUUUCAUGAAAAGAGUCACGAAUCUCUUGCAAUCGACGGAUCCUCGAAUUAUAACCAACUACAUCUACAUGCGCUAUUCAUUAGCUUGGAGCGGAGAGCUGGGAGAGCGUUACGAAGACAUUCGUCAGGAAUUCGAUCGUGUAAUGUAUGGAAAAAAACAAAAAGCGCCAAGGUGGAAAGACUGCACUCGUAAUACCAUGCGCAGAAUGCAGUACGCAGCUGGAGCAAUGUAUGUAAGGAAAGUGUUCGAUAAGGCAUCAAAAAACUUGACUUUGGAAAUUAUUGACGAUCUGCAGGAAGCAUUCCGUGAGAUGGUGACGACCAAUGAUUGGAUGAACAAGCAGACGAGGGCUAGUGCUCUAGACAAAGCGAUGCAAAUGUUGGCAAAUAUCGCAUAUCCUGAUUUCAUUCUCGAUGAUGCAAAACUAGACGACUAUUACAGAGGGAUUUUCAUGAAAGAGACCGACUCCUACAGCGAAAUGGUGCAGAAAAUUUUAAGAUGGGACAUUGAAUUUGAUUUCAAACGGUUGAUUAAACAACCGGACCGAACUGAGUUCAAUUUUAAUUCAGCUUUUGUUGACGCCUACUAUGAACCGAUGACUAAUUCUAUCAAAUUUCCUGCUGCCAUUCUUCAAGCUCCUUUCUUCCAUCACACUUUCCCGAGAGCACUAAACUAUGGCGGUAUAGGAGCAGUUAUAGGACACGAGAUCACUCAUGGAUUUGAUGACGAAGGGCGGCAGUUCGAUGCUGUUGGUAAUCUCCGAGAAUGGUGGGAUCCCGAAGUUAAAAAGAAGUUCGAUGAACGGGCUGAAUGUAUUAUCAAUCAGUACGGAAAACUUGAGGUACCUGAAAUUGGUUUGAAUGUGAACGGCAAACUCACACAAGGAGAAAACAUUGCUGACAACGGAGGCGUAAGACAAGCUUUCAGGGCCUACAAAAACUACCUCCGAAAGCAUGGCGAAGAAAAGCGUAUCAAGGGACUUGAGAAAUACAACAACGAGCAAAUGUUUUUUCUUGGAUACGCUUUGAUUUCGUGCGGCCACUCAACACGUGAUACCAUGAUAAAUCUACUACUUACAGAUCCCCAUUCUCCAAAGCGUUUUCGAGUGAACCAAGUGUUAGCCAACCAGCCCGAGUUCGCUGCAGCCUUCCAGUGCGAUGUGGGCACUCCAAUGAAUCCUAUGGAGCGCUGUGCCGUAUGGUAG